CAUGGCCCGAGGCCUCGAUGUCGAGUGGUGCAGAGCCACCGAUAUCGGGCUUCCCCACCCAGAUCUCGUCAUCUAUCUGGACGCACCACCCACCGUCGCCGCAGGGCGGGGCGGCUAUGGGGCUGAGCUAUACGAAAACGUCGAGCUGCAGCAGAGAGUGUACAACGCCUUUGCUGAAUUGCAGGAUGCGAGCUGGGUGGUCCUCGACGCCAGCCUGCCUCCGGAGAACGUGGCCAAGGAGGUCCUUGUCGCUGCCCAGCGCUGCGUUUCGCUGCCUUGACACGACGACCGGGGUGGCCGUGCGGUGGGGGGUGGGGUCUGCCGCUGUCGAUGUCGUCCGCUUCGUCGCCCCCCAUAAAAAAUCGCAGAUACUCGAUCGCUCUCCUAGUCGCAACUCCGAAAAUGACCACCAUCGCCGCAGACGAAAUCGCUCUCUACCGCCGCUGGCUCGCUCGUCUUGGCCAGGAGAACUCGAGACACGACGACGUCGAUGUCAUCGCCAUGGUUCAAGACGUCUGCAAUUUCCGUUGGGCCUGUGAUCUCUUCCUGCAACACAAACGUGAAGAAGCAUUCCAGCUCUGGUUCCAGAUCUACGACGACAGCAAGGCCGACGUCCUUGGCGACCUCGCUGGAUUCCUGGUCCAUUGGUGCUACGCCGCUGGCGUGGGCAUUGCGAGCGACUGGAACGAAGCCGAGUUCGUCAUGACCGACUGGGAAGGGAAAACCCAGCUCCACCGCGAACUCUUUGAGUGGUGUCAAGAAGGAAAUGGGCGAGGCAACUGGUUCUGCGAGUUCCUCCUCGCCCAGUGCUGGAUCCACAGCAUCGGAGCCCCCAGCUGCAAUCUAGAAUACGCAUCGUCGCUGCUCGAGCAGCUUGCCUUGGAGGGUCGCGCUGUCGCCCAGUGCGCCUUGGCUGACUGCAUUCAAGAGCGAUUCACCAAGUCAAGUGCAGACCAAAUGAUGAUGACACAUCUCUACUUUGCAGCAGCGAACCAGGGGUACGCUGAUGCCAUGUACAAGUUGGCGCACUGCGUGGAGGCUGGUUUGGGCGCUGUCAUGAACCGAGUUUCCUUGCCUUGUAUCUUGCCUAGUUAUCUUGCCUUGUCCUUGAAAUGAACUUUGUAUUUUUAGUAUCCUAAGCCUUGGAUCUAGAAUAAAACUUUGGCUUUACACUUGACACUCUGUGUCCCAGUCCAGUCCCCGCUCCUCUCCCUACGUUCGAGUCUUGUAUUAGGACUCUUGCGCACUUCCCUGCUUGCCC